AUGGGGUGCACUGUCAUAGUCGAUUGUCCCAAGGGACGCGCCAAUUCCUCAUCGACAACGGAGACGAUUGAUGAGAAUGACUUGGGUGAGGAUGAGGAUGCAGUAGGAGACUCGGAUGAGAAUGCGGAGGAUGGAUGGAGAGGAUGGGGAUCAGUCAUCGACUCCUUUACGCAGGAAGACGAGGUUGUGCUUCUGAGCGGGGAUGGGUGCGACGCCCGCGGAGGCACUGCAGCGGUCUUCACCAGCCCCACCGUCAAGAACUUGAUGGGACUGAUUCGCUGGGGCACCAGGAAAGGAAAGAGGCAGGAAUCAUUACACACGUUGGAGUCGAGAGGACGGUUACCCCAAGGCAUGCGCAAUAUCUUCUUGACAACAGAAACCGCUUUGUUUUACCAAUUAUGCCAAAACGUGUUGGCGGUUCUCAAGGGUAGCUCACUGAACCGGGCAGUGUCAGCCGCCAUUGAGCUUUUUCGGCUGGCGAUAGGCAGGGGAACGCCGCUCGCAGCCACCUACACUGAAUUGACAAAGAGGCAUUCCGGAUCGAAAGGACGGCGUCCGGAAAGCAUUGCGCCUCGGGCCCAAGAACCCUUGAACGCGCCCGGAGCAUCACCACGGCAAAGUAUGAGCGACUCACUCGCGCAACCGCCUACCUCAUCAUGGCCACCCAGCAUCCCCGAAGAUAACGACUACUGCCAGCUAACCUGCUCUUGCAGACAGACGCAAUCUUUUUGGUCUCACCGUCAAUUCGCCGCGGGGGUCGCAUGGAGGACGCAGAUUGGCAACGGCUGGAACUCGAUUUCAAUACGAUGGGAGCUUCGGCUGGACUGGUCGCCUGGGAAUGACGGUGAGGACAAGGCGAGGACGCUGUCGUGCCGGAUGAGGCAGAGGGAUUGGUUGAGCAGGGGUAUGAGGACGAGCAAGCGGACCAGAGAUGGCCGUGUAUCGAAAGACUUGCUCGGAUAUGGAUAUGGAUACUGCUCAAAUCCGUAUCCAGUAUCCGCAGAUAGAAAGGUCUUGUCCAUUCCCAUACACAAACAGUAG